AGUACUUUAUUUUUAUACCUCUGAUGUAAAAACAGUCUAAAUACUGAUAAAUUGACGUCUACUAUCCCGCUACCUCGAGCUACAGUUGAAGAGCGCACUGUUUCACCCCUGAAAACCAAACAUGACCCGACACGGGAAGAACUGCACUGCGGGAGCUGUGUACACCUACCACGAGAAGAGGAAAGAUACAGCUGCUUCUGGAUAUGGAACUCAGAGUGUGCGCCUGGGGAAAGACGCGAUUAAAGAUUUCGACUGUUGCUGCCUCUCAUUACAGCCCUGCAGAGACCCGGUUGUAACUGAAGAUGGAUUCCUCUAUGAAAGAGAGGCAAUACUGGAGUACAUUCUCCAUCAGAAAUUGGAUAUUGCUAAGAAGAUGAAGGCCUACGAGAAGCAGAAACAGGCUCUGAAGAGUGAGGGACAGCUGGAGUCCUGCUCAGAGGAGAGGGAGAAAGUAGAGAAGUUCAAGAAAAGAGAGGGCAGCAUUGUCUCCAAACCAAUCAAUCCUUUUAUUUCAGGUCAGACUAAAGAGGCACCAUCCCCUAGUGGCUCUGUUGGCUCCUUGAUCAGUUCCUCCAGCUCAGCUUCAGCAGCAGGCGAGUCCAGCUCCUCAUGCUCUCUGCCCAGCUUCUGGAUUCCCAGCCUGACUCCAGAGGCUAAACCCACCCUCUUAAAGAAACCGUCAAAGACAGUGACCUGUCCCAUGUCAGGCAAAUCUGUGAAGAUGAACGAGCUGAUUACUGUGCGUUUUACUCCACUGGACCCAAGUCUGGACAGAGUGGCCCUCCUCACACGUCAGGACAGAUACGUGUGUGCAGUGACCAAAGACACACUGGGUAACUCGGUGCCCUGUGCAGUGCUCAGACCCUCUGGAUCUGUGGUCACUCUGGAGUGUGUGGAGAAGCUAAUACGGAAGGACAUGAUGGACCCAGUGUCAGGAGACAAACUGAAAGAGAAAGACAUCAUAGUCCUACAAAGGGGUGGGACAGGCUAUGCUGCCUCUGGAGUGGAUCUUUGUGCUAAGGAGGCCAGACCUGUCAUGCAGGCCUGAGAGGACAGCUGUGGAGGAUAUAUACUGGAGUUUUAAAGCUGUAUGUAGUAUUACCAUAUAUGUUGUUGUAUGUUUGAGCACAGGUCAGAUUAUUGUGAUAAGACAAUGUAGUUAGUUGUCAAUUUGUGUAUUCCCCCCCCCCCUUGCAUUUCCAUUUACAUGGUAUAAAACACAAACUGAAAAAUUUAUUCAACUGCACAUUCUUGCUUUUUACUUUCUGUUUUGUUGAGAUAAGCAUAAUGCAAAGAGAACUGUCAUCAUGUCUAUUUUUUGUAAAAUAAAACCUUUAAUUUACAAACGUCAA